UGAUUGUGGCUACAAAGUAGCGCUUCAGGAACGAAAUCUUAAUAGCAAAAUGGUUUUUCUUAAGUAGAUAUGGACAACCGCAUCGCUGAUUUGGCGCACAUCCCGUGCAUGCAAAGACAACCAGGAGUACAAAGACUUCAUGGAUGCAGAGAACAUAAUGCCUCUUGCAACCAGCGACUUUCGUAAUCCAGUGUGUCAAGAAAUGAGGUUCCUUAGAUUCAGUAAUAGCGGUGGUAAUGGCGGAAGCGGUGCAGAACAUUUAGGUUCAUCACUCGUGGAAUCGAAGUUAUCUCCUUCAGAUAUUCAGCCAUCGGAAAUAUUAAGUUUUACGAAAAUAUACAAUGAGCAGGGGUACAAUUAUACAAAGUCGUAUAACGAACAAGGAAGCAUUGAUAGUUCGGACACAUAUGCUAGUUGCCAAACACAUCCAUCACAUUCACAGGGCGAUUUGACUGAAGAAGCCGACAGCAAUCUUUAUAUAAAUCCCAUGGAGGCAACGGAGAAAUGUAGAAGUCAAAUGAAAAAAUCCGUUUCUGGAGAAGUCGGUCGAAACAUUACCACUGAUAUGUCACCUAGCGCUGGAUCUUUGAAAGAGGCCAGUAAAGCUAAGCUGAAUGAUAUUAUGAUACCUAAGCAUAGGAAAAUUAGGAUCCAACAAAACAUGAAAACACGGAUACAAUUAGUCAGUGAUCAAAAGAGCAUAGUGCGCAGUAUCCUAAGAGAUGAUACUGCCAUGGAAGACAAUAAUAAUCAUUAUGGAGGACUACGUGGUGGCAAAUCUUCUCCAUUCGUGUCAACAAAUAGCUUGACGUCUGCUACGCGCAUAAUCAAUUAUCGUAUGUUUGGAUCCCUCAGUGCGCCAAAACGUUACAAAGGUAAAAUAUUUCGCUGUAUUCAAAUCACCUUAAAAAAUAACCUUUUUUAAUAAAAAAGGUUUAAAAAUGACG